AUGUUCUGUUUUUAUUUCAAGCACAAAUCGGCGGCCGUUUUCAUGGCCGCUUUCACGCUGAUUACCGGCUUCGUUGGUAUAUUAAUAUGCACCAGCCAGUUGCAUUUUGCGCCUGGUAAAACUCGGGAGAAUUAUUUGUGUUUCUCGAUCUUCCAUUUGAUAGCGAGUAUCGUAAUUAUAUCUGGAUUGAUUUGGGAAGAACCCGCGUUGAUUUUAUUGUACGAAGGACUCCAUUUGGCUACUCUAACGGCAUUUAUUACUCAUACAUUUUUCUACAUACCGAUUGGAAGGACGUUUUCCGCCAUUAUCGUCUCGACAGGUUUUGUUCUGUACUGCAUCUAUAACGUGUAUCGGUAUCAGGUAGAGUUGAAAUUGAAAAAGAAAUAUCGAAUGGGGAAAAUUUAUUUCAGUGAAACCGUCUAUUUUUGUAACGACAAUAUCCGUUAA